CAACAAACUCUACUCCCUACCGCGUACCGUCAUCGGGUUGGGAACAUCAUUUUUUCAUUCUCCUCAAAGCCAUUCAAAGACGGUGGCUCACCUAGCACCUGAGUUGGCAUCAGCUGAGGCGAAGCGGAUGACCGGUUGACGUGGACUAUCGGGCACUAACUGUUACUUCAUCCUGGCGGCGCCAGGUAGCUGCAACAAGCCAGUAAACUGCUCUCUGCCGACGAAUCGUGAACAUAGAAUCGUCCUGGGUAGCAUGGAAUGAGCUCUUCCGAGAAAGCAGUGCGAGUAGUACCAUUGGCUCCCAUCGACAUCAUUCUAGUCUUCUAGAUCUCACAGUAUAUUUACGCAUUGAAAUCCUAUCAGUGUCAACACCGAUCGUGGUGGACACAAUAAUUCAUGCUGCCUUUGAUCGCACUGCUAGUCGGUGGUAGAGAUGGCUGAGUCAGCGGCUGUUCCUCGCUACAAUCGCCUGGCUACGGAGAUUUCACCGUAUCUCCUUCAACACGCUACGAACCCGAUUGAUUGGUAUCCAUGGGGCGAGGAGGCCUUCGCAAAAGCCAAGGCAGAGAAGAAGCCCAUCUUCCUCUCAGUGGGCUAUUCAACAUGUCAUUGGUGUCACGUGAUGGAGCGGGAGACUUUCUCCAAGAAGGAGGUGGCCAACAUCAUGAACAAGAACUUUGUUAGCAUCAAGGUUGACCGUGAGGAGCGGCCGGACAUCGAUCGAGUCUACAUGACGUUCCUUCAGACAAUGUAUGACGGUGAGGGAGGGUGGCCAAUGAACGUGUGGCUGACUCCCAAUCUUCAUCCGUUCCAUGCCGGCACGUACUUUCCGGCCGUUGACAAGAAAGACAAGAAGGCCUUCUCCACUGUCUCUGUGGAAGUGGCCAAACAAUGGGAAGCACACUCUGAUCUGAUCAUUCAGAGUGGCUUCGACAUCAUACAGAAGAUCAGCCAGGCAAUUAUCUGUGAGAUGAAUUCCGCGUUAGACGUGCCGGGACCAGACUGCGUGGUGAACUGUUUCACGCAGCUGCGCGACCAGUUCGACGUGGAGAAAGGUGGCUUUGGCGGCACACCCAAGUUCCCACAGCCUGUUACAUUCAAUUUUCUACUGAACCUGUACGCCAGCAAUCCGUACAGCAACAACGGACAGCAGUCGUUGACCAUGACCCUGGUGUCAUUGAAGAACAUGGCCGCUGGAGGUAUCCAUGACCACAUUGGGAAUGGCUUUCAUCGUUAUUCCACCGACAAGGCCUGGCACAUUCCUCACUUUGAGAAGAUGCUCUACGACCAGGCUCAGCUCUGUGUUUGUUACCUAGCUGCAUACCAGAUAACAAAGGAGAUGUUCUACGCUAAUGUAGCCCGUGACAUCCUAAGAUACAUGGCGAGAGAUCUGAGUGAUUCGGAGGGUGGCUUCUUUUCUGCCGAGGAUGCCGAAUCCUACGCCCAGCUAGGCGAGGCGCAGAAGCGCGAGGGUGCGUUCUGCGUGUGGCGGCACGAGGAGAUCCAGCAGCUGCUGCCGCAGGUCGUGGAGGGCACGUGCAUGGCGGGUCGCUGCAUCACGUUCUGGGAGGUGUUCUGCUAUCAUUAUAGCGUCGAGGUGCAGGGCAACGUGCCGGCCGCGAUGGACUCACACGGGGAUCUCAAGACGCAGAACGUGCUGAAGGAGCGCUGCACCGUGGCGGAGACGGCGGCGCAGUUCAACCUGGCCGUCGAUGUGGUACAGCAGUUACUCGUCUAUUGUAGACAGGUGCUGUUUGAUGCACGGCGACUGCGACCACGACCGCAUCGCGACGACAAAAUCGUCACCGGCUGGAAUGGUCUUGCGAUCAGUGCAUUUGCUAAGGCUGCACAGGCACUGGGUGAAGAGGAGUGGAUGCAGCGGGCAGUCCUGGCGGCUCAUUUCAUCAAGAGUCGUAUGUUCAUCGGUGGACGCCUUAAGCGCAACUCCUAUCGGCGUUCCAGCGGGGCGCGUGGUCUUGACAUAAGCCCAACGGAAGCUUUCUCACCUGACUAUGCUUAUCUUAUUCGCGGCCUGAUCGACCUGUAUGAAGCCACGUUUGACGACCUGUGGCUGGAGUGGGCGGUGGACUUGCAGAAUGUGUUUGACACUCUGUUCUGGGAUACGUCGCGGGGAGGUUACUUUGACUUCAUGGAGGGUGACCCGUCUAUUCUGUUGCGCUUGAAAGAAGAUCAAGAUGCUACGGAACCAACGGCAUCCUCUGUGGCCGCACAGAACCUCCUGCGCCUGGCCGAGUACUCCCAGAUCAAGGAGUUUGGCGACCGCGCCACCAUAACGUUCAACGCUUUCGGCAAGCGACUGCAGACGACGCCGUUCAGCUUGCCGGAGAUGAUGAGUGCGUACCUAUACGGCAGCCGACAAACCACGCAGCUGUGCAUUGUAGGUUCUCGCCUUACCAUGGAAUGGAGUGUUCUGAUGAAGAACCUGCACAGUACCUAUGCACCAUUCAAGACACUGGCGUAUGUUUCAUCUCCGAAUGUGUACGUGGCAAGAUGUCUGCCCACUCUUGCUCCCCUGGCCAGUAGUCUCGGGACACCUAGGGUGUUUAUCUGUGCCGAGGGUACCUGUCAUCCCCCGACUGACGACGCUAUAACCAUCACUAAUCUACUAACUCCGUCACCACCGAUGCCCGAAACGCCGAGUGACUAUACAUUUGAGCUGUCCGGCCCGAUGGAUCCGCCGAUUGCUCCGUUGUGCUGAGCCGACGAAAUGCAGCGCGGUGGUGGGCGUAGACGUGCAUGUCUACAGGUGUGUGGGUGGGUGUGGUGAGCCCGUAAGUGAGAUUAUUUCCAAGUCCACCCAUAGUUUGGGGAUUUCAGUGGGAGUUGGCUGUUGGGCGGUUUAAUAGCCCAUUGAGUCAUCUUUGUAAGAUUCCUUUUGGGUCUCUCUCCCCUCUCCCGGGGAGACCCACAUGACCAGUUUUGGCGGUGAGCAAGUACAAGUGUGUGUGUGUGUGUGUGUGUGUGCGUGUGUGUGUGUGGUGUGUGUGCAUGUACGUGUGCGUGUGUGUGUGCGUGUGUGUGUGUGCACCGUAUGCCUAGCUUUCCUCAUUCCCCUCGUCAGCCAAGAGCCAUAGACACCAGUUUAGCACAGCGGGAGGGAGCAACAUCUCACAUGUGCUUGCGUGUGUGCACGUGUAUGUGUACUUAUAUUUGUAUGUGCAUCGCCGGGUACGUACCCUGUGCACUUGCAGAUGUGUGUGUUUGUCUUGUGCUGGCAUCGUACAUGAUAUAUGGUAUGCGCACAUGGUUGUGUACGCGCCAGUAGGUCACAUUCAGAGGCCGUCAGCCAUAGUUGACUGAUGCAGUUUAUAUUUUUUUCACCGCUAGCGCUCUGGCUGACGUGAAUCCGUCUAGUAUUUUACACUAACUAAUUAUACUCGCACGAUUCCCAUGUUCUGUUGAUUUUGAUCUCUUGAGUGGUUGCUUUUGAAGAAGAUAGACAAGAAAUUAUUCACUUUUCUGCAGAAGAGUGCACAUACGUACGCACGUGUGUGUGUGUAUGUGUGUGUGUGUGUGUGUGUGUGUGUGUGUGUGUGUGUGUGUGUGUGUGUGUGUGUGUGUGUGUGUGUGUGUGUGUGUGUGUGUGUGUAGCAUACUGCGGCUGUCGGAGCUGCUGCUGCCGCUACUGUCGCAUUGUCAUGCGGAUUUUUGACUAUAGUCUCAGUGUACGUCUGUCAGUAGUGCUUUGUUUCGAACUGCGUUUCGUUGUUUACCGUUGGCGUUCGGCCUAUGUAGUGGGUGUUUGACGAUAGCUCUUGUCAGGGGCUAGAAGCUAUGUUGUGCGUUCUCCUGUUUGCUGUGCUCAUAUUGCUCUAACCGUGAACUUGACCCAGAGUGAGUCUUGCUUUCUAAUGGCAGUUUGAUUUUUUUUUAAGAAGUAAGGAUUUGACGCAGCUCA